GUGUAAUACGGGAUUCUCCUAAUCACUGAAGGAUUUGCCAUAUCAAAAAUCGUAAAAAAAAUCUGUCAACGUACACUUAUUUGGACUAAAACAUAUCCGUAAAAUAUUGACGAUGGAAUGAAUUGCCAGAUAAAUACAUGCGUGUACAUACAAGUAAGAUAUGUAUUAUUAGCCGACAGUUAUAAAUAGACAAACGAUGGUACAUGUAUGAAGUAGGAUUGUAUUGGAUUUCACAACCGUGGUGAAAUACAUGUAUGAUGUAUAUAAAUACAUGUAGUUCAUAACAUUGCCAAGUACUGACAUUGACUUGAACAUAUUCUAACACUGGAUAAGUAAGCGACUAUUUCUUAACUGUUUCAUUUGUAAAGUGAUUACAAAUCUACAAUGGCUACAUCAGGUGCUGGACCAGACACAAUGAAUUCGAACUGUCCACUUCGGACAGAAUUAUACAGUGCUCAGAAAACAGACCACUGGCCGAAGAAGGGCCGCCACAUUCUGGCUCAAUACGAUGACAAGUGUAUUGUUGUGUAUCAGGCCUUCUGUCCGGAGAUUGCUAAAUACGCCGUAGAGCAUGGCCAGUUUGGUGGGCCGAGGUACAAUUUAACGCGCAUGACGUGGAUCAAGACAAACUUCCUGUGGAUGAUGUACCGCUCCGGCUGGGCCCGGAAGAGGGAUCAGGAGCGCAUCCUCGCUAUUCAUCUGACCAAGGAAGGGUUUGACCGCAUCCUGGCAGGGGCCAAAGGGGCGGGAAUACCACUUCCGACGGGGCAACCAGAUGACGUCCGCCUGCAGUGGGACCCAGACCAUGAACCUCACGGUGGCAAGGUUGAUCGGCGGGCCGUCCAACUGGGGCUCCGGGGCGGGGCGCUCCGGAUGUUCCACGAGGAGUACAUCAAACGGAUUGAUGACAUCACUUCCUUUGUAGAGGAACAACGAGAGCACGUGGAUAGCAACAGGCUUGAUUUGCUGACAUGUCCUGCUGAAAGAGUGUAUAUACCUGAGGAUGAGAACAUUUGUAGCCAUAUUUUACUGGACGGAUUUGACGAUGGCGGUGAAAAUGAAGCAAAUGUUAAAUCAAGUGGAGCAACUCAUGCUUUGUUCGACACUUCCAAAGAAUUUGAUGUUGAGAGCGCUAGCUGUGAUGAACUCAUGAAACUAGCAAUUCCUAAGACACCGGGGGGAAAUAGUGAAAAAUCUGAGGAUGUUAUUGUCUGCCUAGGUGGAGCAUUCAAUCCAGUUCAUACUAGACAUGUAGAGGUACUUCAGACUGCUGUUGAUUGGUUGGAAGCAAAUACAAAGUAUCACGUGAUAGCUGGAAGGUUAGCCGUCGCUCCGGACGGAUAUGUAAAGAACAAGUGUAAGAGAUCAAAGGACCGAUGCAUCGCAGCUGAACAUAGAAUUAAAAUGUGCGAGCUAGCGUGUGACGGGCAUGAUCUGAUUAAACCUUAUUCUAAAACUGUCGGAUCCGCGAAUGAUUGUGGUGAAAAGGUGAAGAGAGAUAUGCAUUUGACUGAAGCCAAGAUAGCGGUCAUUCUCGGUGCUGACCGGGCUAUGUCUAGGAGUGGUCAAGGAAAGUGGACAUCGAAGGGAAAGGUGACUACCGUUUGUGUGGGAAGGAAGGGACAGACGGAUGGAGUUAAGAGAGUCUUUCUUGAGGAUCUGAGGCUUGGUCUUGUUACUAACAAUGACUUCUUUAUAGUUGAUAAGGAAUUGGACAAUGUAAGUUCGACUGACAUUCGGAAAGCUUUGGAACACGUGGAAAGCGGCAGUGGCGGUAACGACACUUCGCUCAAAAUUGCAGUCGACGAUUUAGUUGAAAAGGGCUGGGUUACGGAAAAUAUUGGAAAAUAUCUGUUGGAUAAUUUUGAGAACAUUUAUUUGUGAUUGAAAUCAGAUGGAUAAUAUUAUCAAUUUACGAAGUAUAAUUUCGUUCAUAUAA